GCUCAACGUUACACAAGGGCCUUGCAAGGGCCACCCUCCCGAGGCGGUUACAUAUCGAUAACAAUUCACUAACAAAACCCCAAGCUUCACUCUUUUCCUCAUCAUCACACUACAAACACUCAUCAAAUACGCUCAGCUUUUGUCCACUCCUUCUCAAACCAUUAGCCAGCCAAUGAACCAAUUUGCCGAUUUGAGACCAGUCAUAUUAACUAGCUUGAUUCUGUCCUCACUAGCCAACGAAACAACAAUUUGCUCUGCAAAUCAUGUCGUCUCCGGACCCACCACUGCCGCUUCCCGCAGGCGAAGACAGUAACACGCCUUCGCGGAACCCAAUCGUCCAUGGCGCCGCCAUAGCAAUGGCAGUUCUCUGCCCGAUUGCCCUGAUUCUCCCCUCGCGCGGCGGCCGGGGCGUUGCGAAGUCGACACUGCAAAACGCCGUGCUGGGCGGCGCCUCCUUCUGGGCCUUCAACCAGCUCGCGCACGACUACACAGGCAAAUCCAUCACGGCACGCUCCAACGAGCGGUGGGGCCGCAUCUUUGGCGUCUCAACCUCGUCUUCCUCUUCUUCUUCUUCUGCCCCGACGGGGUCGUCGUCCAGCAGUAGUAGCAGCGACGAUGUGGCUGCGCCGGCAGGGAAAUCGGGAAUGUUUGGUCUGCCCCCGCAGGCGGAGCGGAAUAGGCUUCUGAUGGAGGCGGAGCGGAAGCGCAGGGCCGAGGCGGAGGGCAGGGAGUAUGUCCCCAAGGACGGCAAGGGUGUGAGUACCGGGAAGACGGCAAGUUUCUGGGAGAGGUUAUGGAUGGGCGGUGAGAAGGAAGACUGGAAGGAGAGGAGGUUGGAAGAGGAGAGGCGGGCGCUGGAGAGCGGGAGGGGUUAUGGAGACUUGAUUAUGCAGCAGGUUAAGGAGGUUUGGAAGGGGGAGGGGAAAGGGGCUGACAGCGAGUCGGGGAAGAAGAAGGAUUGAGUAUCUCGUCCUGAGUAUGUGUGGGUUGGCGCGAGUUGGGUUGGGGAGUGGUCUGUGAGGGAGGGUAGGAGAAUCACGAAGAUGGAAAAGAACUGUAAGAGCAUAUCGGUGAUAUAGCAGACGGAAGAGAUAGUGGACAGGGGAUUUGCCAUAUGUACAUACUGUACUGUACAAUAUACAGCGGCGUAUGAGAUACCUGAGGUAACAUAUAUCUAGAUACCUAUU